AUGGAGAUGUCGCUCUCUCCUCUGCUGAUCACACGCUCGGGCAUCACGACUACGUACCUCCCGCUCAGCACCGCCUACCCUUCUCAAGCAAGCUGCUCAUCUCUCUUCAUCAACUCGGCCGACCAGCUCUUCGCCUUCGAUCCCAGCUACGGAGCCCAGAAUUCCGGUCCAGCAUGUUUACCACCCGAAGCGACCAGAUGGUGGGAGCAAGACACCGACCCAGGCUUGACGACGAGCACAGCGAUAGGUGGGUACAAGAUGGUGUGUCCACAAGCCUACAAGACCGUAGCCAUGAGCGUGCUGGAUGAGAGUAGCACGAGGGUCGGAUGUUGUCCUUCUGCAUACAACUUCAUAGACUGGAGCGAAGCACCAAGUCCCUUCCAGUGCAAUUCUCCGCUCUCAACUCAGGUGGUCACGUACAUGCAAACAGAUGCAUCCGGCACGUGGACGACGACCAGCUCUUCGGUAUCGGCUGAGACUUCCGUGUGGGGGAUCCAGGUGAACGGGAUCUUAUUCGCCAGGCCUACGCCUACCGCUACCUCUUCCGUCACUUUGAGUACCUCAUUAUCUAGUACGGAUAUUGCCCAGUCAAGCAGUGGAGGAUCUGGAUUGGAGAAAGGUGCCAAGAUCGGCAUUGGUAUUGGAGCUGCAACGGCGUUCUUGUUGCUCGGGGCGCUUUUCGUUGUGGGAAUGGUGUUCUGGAGGAAGAGGAAGGGAAAGACGGAGAAGUCAGGCGGCCAGAAUGUUGUUGGGGCCGAAGGUCGUGGGAAGGAGAAGAAGGCGGAUCAUUGCGUGAAGGUAGAGACAACAGCGGAUUCGACACGGCACGUCGGGAUGGGAUAG